GUCACUGCUGAAGUCAGGCCUAGCUUUGUGUGCUUGGAGGAAUAUUCUUGCCUUUGGGGAAAAUGGAAGGAAGCAGGAUUAACCAACUGCAGGUCCUAGGGUGGCUGGCAAAACCGUGGCAGGUGUUGGUGGUGUUACAGUUGGCAAUGCUGAUCUCCCCUCUGUUGCAGCCUUCACCAUGGAGCAGUUGAGUUCAGCUAACAGCCUGUUCGCCUUGGAGCUGUUCCGCACCCUGAAUGAAAGCAGCCCCACAGGAAACAUCUUCUUCUCUCCCUUCAGCAUUUCUUCUGCCUUGGCCACGGUCUUUCUGGGGGCCAAAGGCAGCACUGCAGCCCAGCUCUCUAAGACUUUUCAUUUCGACUCUGUUGAGGACAUUCACUCACGCUUUCAAAGCCUGAAUGCUGAAGUGAGAAAGCCUGGAGUAUCUCAUACACUGAAAGUUGCUAACAGACUGUAUGGAGAGAAAACCUACAAUUUCCUUCCUGCGUUCUUGGCUUCAACUCAGAAGAUGUAUGGUGCUGACUUGGCCCCAGUGGAUUUUCAGCAUGCCUCUGAGGAUGCAAGGAAGGAGAUAAACAAGUGGGUCAAAGGUCAAACCGAAGGGAAAAUUCCAGAACUGUUGGCUGGAGGUGUUGUGAAUAGCACAACCAAACUUGUGCUAGUGAACGCCAUCUACUUCAAGGGAAUAUGGCAGGAGAAAUUCUUGACACGGCAUACAACCGAUGCUCCAUUCCGACUGAACAAGAAAGACACAAAAAUGGUAAAGAUGAUGUAUCAAAAGGAAAAAUUUCCCUUUGGCUACAUUCCGGAUCUGAAGUGCAAGGUGCUGGAGAUGCCAUACCAGGGUGGAGAACUGAGCAUGCUCAUCCUGCUGCCCGAAGACAUUGAGGAUGAGUCCACGGGUCUUCAGAAGAUUGAGGAGCAAUUAACUUUGGAAAAACUUCAUGAGUGGACCAAACAUGAGAACUUGAAAGAGAUUGAUGUCCAUGUCAACUUGCCCAGGUUCAAGAUAGAAGAGAGCUACAUCCUCAACUCUAACCUUGGCCGGCUGGGAUUGCAGGAUCUCUUUAGCAGUAGCAAGGCUGAUCUGUCUGGCAUGUCAGAAUCUAGAGAUAUUUUCAUAUCAAAAAUUGUCCACAAGGCCUUUGUGGAAGUGAAUGAGGAGGGAACAGAGGCAGCCGCUGCCACAGCAGGUCUUGUUGAAUACUGCCUGGUGUCAAUAGAAGCAUUUAUAGUGGACCAUCCAUUCCUUUUCUUUAUUCGGCACAAUCCCACAGCUAAUAUGCUCUUCUUUGGCAGGGUUUGUUCCCCAUAGAAGAAGGAGACUUUAGAGAUAGAAGGCAGAGCUUAGAGUUUCAUUCCCUGAGAUUUUAAUGGUGAUUAUUUAAUGGUGUUGGUCCUUGACAAUAAAGACCUCUAUACAAAAACCAAUCAUUCUUUCUUUUUUAAGUUCUAAUCAUGUUUGCUUUUUGUAUCCAUUGGCAUAGGUGUGUAUAUAUUGUUCUUACACUUCAAAAAAAUAAAAUUAUCACUGUCAACAACAUCAAGUCUAAAAGCAAAAUAAUUAAAUAAAUAUAUAGAUUUCUGAGUGUGAGGUAACCUGUUUAAUUGUCAUAUACUCCUGACAGGCAUAAAAGUGCAUGGCUUUUCCCAUUCAGUUGUUUUUCAGUUU